GCCGCAGCGAGCGCUCCGUGCAGGAUGCCGCAGCCGGGGCGGCGCUGAGCCCGGUCGGCUGUCCCUCGCGCGGCCCCGCCAUGGCCACCGACCUGGAGCCCGCGGCCGUGCAGCUGGAGGCGGAGGAGGACGAGGAGCAGUGGCUCUACGGAGAUGACAAUGGUAAGCCAGAAGAUGGACCAAUAUCUGGACACAUCGAAUCUCAUCCGUUGCAAAACAUUCCUAAGGAGAGCAGGAUUGUUAUCAGUGAAGACCAAGAACUGUUGCAGCAAAAGGCCAUCCCAAGUGGCGAAGAGGAGGAUGAGGAGAGCGACAGUGAUGAUGACGACAUUCGAGUUACAAUUGGCAAUAUCAAGACUGGAGCCCCGUCUUAUAUGGGGACUCCGGUGAAUCUGAAUCUAAAAACAGGCCGAGGCUACGGAGCACCUGCCUCAGGUAGGAACGGAGCAUUAUUUUCAGUUAUCUUUUUUUCCUUUGGGCAAAUGUUUUAUUCUGAAUUAAUUUUUAGUACAAUCAAAAUGGCUUUGUAAGUCUAUCUCAGACCAUGCCAGGCUUUGUAACAUAUGGUA